UCGAUCGAAAGCUCGCAGCUGACGAAAAUCCACCCCCAAAAAAUCUUAAUAAAGUGCCCUUAAAAAUCGGAUUAAAGCAAUACAAAGUGAUUAAAGUGUCUUAAUAAUCGUUUCUUAUUAAAAAUAUAAAUCAAAGUGAAUCUCAACACCCUUAAAAGCGUUUUAUUUGGAUCGCCCCCAAAAAAAUGAGUUUUGACACUGAAAAUGUGCGCCAUCUAUCGGAAAGCGUCGAGAAUUAUUUGCAUCAGUUAUCUUUUUUGCCGGCAAUGUCGUUACAUUCCAUUUCAGAAUAUUUAGAUGAUAUUAAGAUGUCGCGCCGUCGCGGGAAAGAUUUCGACCACGUCGAUUACACCAAAUUAACCGCAACCGAUAAUGGAUUUGUCGACGCCCAAUUUGUGCAUCCUCCGCAAAAAAUUCCGUGGAAAUCAAUUUUCUUGGCUACGAUGUUAUUGAUUAUGGGGAGUUUGUUGUUGAUUCUUGGCUCGUUGGUUAUAAGCGGUCAUAUUGAUGUUAAAUAUUCGGAUAGGAUGUGGCCAAUGAUUAUUUUGGGGAUUUUAAUGUUUAUCCCUGGGGCUUAUCAUGUUAGGAUUGCUUAUUACGCUUAUAAAGAAGUGCCUGGGUAUUCUUUCGAUGAUAUUCCCGAAUUUAAUUAGUAGUCUGGAAUUGAAUAAUAUUAGGAUUAAAUAAAAAAGUGUUUACAAAAUAA